CAUGGAUGGUUGUGCAGUUGUCCUCGUAUGUGGAACAAAGAACGUGGGCAAGUCAUCAUUUAUCCGCACCCUCAUCAACACUUUACUAAAUCACACCAACUGUGUAGAUUAUCUGGAAGGCGACCUCGGUCAAACUGAAUUCACCCCCGCUGGUUGUCUGUCUUUGUCAGUUGUCAGCGAACCACUCCUGGGUCCGCCUUUCACACACCAGCGAACACCAGAGCACAUGAUCUACUACGGUCAGGCGUCAUGCGAGUCGAACCUGGACCGAUACCUGGAAUCCCUGAAGUCCUUGUGGCGUAGACGUCCCCAGAGCAGAGAAACUCCCGUCAUCAUCAACACCAUGGGCUGGGUCAAAGGAUUUGGGUUCCAGCUGCUCGUGGACAUGAUCCGCUUCUUCCCGGUCUCGCACGUCGUCCAGCUCGGUCACGGCGGUUCGACCCAGUGUCCCGCCCUCACUCCGGAGUUUCUGAGGACGGCACACGGCUUUCAGACGCACCCGCCGACCCAGACCGCUCUGGAGGAGUUUACAGAGAGCCACAGUCCCCCCCGAAGCUACACUCACCUCGUUGUACAAUCAGAGUUUCAAGGAGUGGCGCGUCAGGGAACAGCGAAACACCAGCGCAGUAAUGAGCACAGAGAGCUGUCAUUGCUGGCCUACCUGAGUCAGCUGCAGUCUUCUGAUCCUGGACCAGUUAGACCUCUACACAGCCUCACCCCGUACCAGGUUCCCCACGCAGCCGUGGCUUUAGGUGUGAUCCACUGCGAGGUGAUGCCCAGUCACAUGUUUUACGCUGCCAACGCGUCUCUGGUGGGGCUCUGCUGUUUGGGAGAGAAAAUAACGAGCAGAGGAGGUCCUGUCCUGUUGUCCCAGGCUCCCAUCUGUCCAUGUGUGGGCUUUGGUGUGCUUCGAGGCAUCGACAUGGCACGAGGUCUGUACUUUCUGCUGACGCCUGUAGAUCCCUCCAUCCUUCGCAAGGUCAACUGUCUCCUGCUGGGAGCCAUCUCGCUGCCUUUCUUCGUCCUCACAACUCAGUCCGACAUCGAGGGGGAGAUGCCGUACGUCACCGCAGACUACAGCUUUGAUCUGACCGGUGCAGGGAAGCUGCGAGUCUUCAAGGGCCUGACGAGACCCAGUCAAAUAGGGAUGUAAUGACUUUUUCUACAGAAGCUCCAUCGCCCCUUUACCUUCUGCGGUCUUACGCCACACCGGCCUUCGAUUGGACAGAACUGAGGUUGAGUCCGGACAAUUUCUCUUCUUCUUCUUCUUCUCCUCUCAUUUCAAGAUUCGGUCCGACAGAGCUGCCGGGAACACGGACCCUGCAGGACGAGAUGGCAGCCGGACGCCGUGAAGGAGUUUCUGUCACAUGGCCAAAUAAUCUCACACCUUGUAGUUACAGCUCUUGUUUGAUGUCUCUUAUCUUUGGGUGACAUUCCAAAAAUGAAAACUGCCACAAAUUAAAACGAGGAAACAA